AUGUACACAGCCUCAUCGGCCUUUUUUGAAGCGCUAUGGGAGGCUGGUGUCACUCACUGCUUUGUGAACUUGGGUUCUGACCACCCCAGCAUCAUCGAGGCCAUGGUCAAGGGUGCUCGUGAACGCAAGGGAAACUUUCCCAAGAUGAUUACAUGUCCCAACGAGAUGGUUGCCAUGUCCAUGGCUGAUGGCUAUGCUCGAUUAACAGGCAAGCCUCAGUGUGUCAUUGUUCACGUCGACGUUGGCACACAAGGCCUGGGAGCAGCCGUACACAACGCAGCUUGCGGUCGUGCUCCUGUUCUCGUCUUCGCUGGUCUAUCGCCAUUCACUCUUGAGGGUGAGCAUCGCGGUACCCGUACCGAGUACAUCCACUGGAUCCAGGAUGUUCCCGACCAGAAGCAGAUUGUUGCCCAGUAUUGCCGAUACACUGGUGAGAUCAAGACGGGCUCCAACGUCAAGCAGCUGGUCAACCGUGCGCUGCAAUGGGCCAAAUCAGGACCCCAAGGCCCAGUUUACCUGUAUGGAGCUCGAGAAGUCAUGGAGCAGGAGAUUAAGCCCUACCAGCUGAGACAAAGCGACUGGGAGCCCGUCAAGCUGGGUAGUCUACCCACGCAAGCCGUCGACACAAUCGCAGAUGCCCUUGCCGGCGCGAAACGUCCCAUGGUCCUGACGGGAUACGGUGGCAGAAAUCAUGAGUUCCCGGGAACUUUGGUCGAGCUCGCCAAUAUUGUUCCCAAUCUGAGAGUGGUUGACUGUGGAGGCAGCGACAUGUGUUUCCCCUUUGACCACCCCGCUUCCCUCGGUCUCAACUAUGGAGGCGAAAUGUCUGUUGCUGAUGCCGAUGUCAUUGUCGUCCUCGAUGCUGACGUACCUUGGAUCCCUACUCGCGUCAAGCCAAACCCUGAUGCCAAGGUGUUCCACAUCGAUCUCGACCCGCUCAAGCAGCAGAUGCCCGUCUUUUACCUCGAGGCUCAAGAGACGUAUCGUGCAGACAGCCAGACUGCAGUUGAGCAGCUCACGGAGGCUCUCAAGACGGGUGAUCAUGCGAAGAAGCUGCAGUCCCAGAAUGUGGUGGAGAUAGCUCAGAAGCGCAAAGAAGAGCAUGAGCAGCGUCUUGCCAAGAUCGCCAAGGCUGCUGAGCCUCUUCCCGACGACAGCUUUGGAACUGGCUACUUGUGCCGGCAAGUCAAGAAACUUGUCCCCGAGGAUAGCCUUUGGGCUAUUGAGGCUGUGACCAACACCCUCUUUGUGUACGACAACAUCCAGCCUUCAACGCCUGGCUCAUGGAUCAACUGCGGUGGUGGCGGUCUCGGAUGGUCCGGCGGUGGUGCAUUGGGAAUGAAGCUCGCCACCGACGCGGAGAAUGGCGGAAAGAACAAGGGCAAGUUUGUUGUCCAAAUCGUGGGUGACGGCACAUAUCUCUUUACCGUUCCCGGUAGUGUGUACUGGAUUUCAAAACGCUACAACAUUCCUAUCCUGACCAUUGUGCUGAACAACAAGGGUUGGAACGCACCACGCCGGUCUCUGCUGCUGGUCCACCCCGAGGGACUGGGCUCACAAGCUUCCAACGAGGAGAUUAACAUUUCCUUUGACCCAUCACCGGAUUACUCCGGCAUUGCCAAGGCUGCUGCUGACGGCGACAUCUUUGCCGCCAGAGUGAACGAGAGGGCUGAGCUGGAGGGUGUGCUGAAGGAGGCCAUUGCCUAUGUAAAGAAUGGCCAAUCAGCGGUGGUGGACGUCAAGGUUGCGUCGGGAUGUUAA